AGAUAAGUUGGUUUGUUUAUUAACUAACAAUCGCAUUUUCUUUUGAUAAAGCUUUCGUUGUGUUAUUGUACCACUUGGAAGAUACUAUAUGGUCGUUCCGAAGAUAGACAUUACAGCAUUUAUAGAAUUAUGUUCUUCCAAAUAACUAAAGCUGCAACGCCUUUAACAGGAUGUAGACGGCAACUAAUACUACGAUCGCUAUCCUCGUCCACGAACAAUAUUCAAAUAGAAGUGGAUAAUAAGACAGGUUUUGCAACAGUGAGUAUGAAUCGCCCACCAGUCAACUUGUUGAAUUUAGAAUUGAUAAAUUCGUUGACUCGAUCGAUGAAAGAGAUGGAGCAGAACAAAUCUCGUGGAAUAAUAUUGACUUCGACUUCCAAUUCGGUGUUUUCAGGUGGCCUGGACAUUAAGGAGUUAUAUAGACCUGACGUGCAACGCUUAAGAGAAUUUUGGACAGCUUUUCAAGAUAUGUGGCUCGCUUGGUAUGGAAGUGCUGUGCCAACAGCGGCUUUGAUAAACGGUCAUUCUCCAGCUGGCGGCUGUGUCCUAGCCACCUGUUGCGAAUAUCGAGUCAUGUUACCAAAAUUUACAAUAGGUCUGAAUGAGGCUAAAUUUGGCUUAGUGCCCCCACCCGUUGUACGAAUUUCAUUCAAAAAUGUACUACCCCUAAGAAUAGCUGAAUUGGCGUUGUGUCAGGGAAAACUGUUCACCAGUAAUGACGCCUUGAAUAUUGGAUUAAUCGAUGAAUUGGCAAAAACUAAGGAGGAAGGAUAUGAAAAAUGUGUAAAAUUUUUACAAACAUUUAGAAAAGUGGAUCCAGUAGCUAGAUCUUUAACCAAACAACAAUUUCGUGGCAAAGAUCUUGAUGAUUUGCGAAAAGGAAAGCAAAAGGAUUUGAAUGAUUUUGUGGAACAUGUUACCCAAGAUGAUAUACAAAUGAGAUUGGGUUUAUAUUUGGAACAAUUGCAUAAUAGAAAGAAAAAGUAAUUAAUGCAUUUUUCGAUUUUAAGAA